AGAUUCCUAUCCCACUCAACAACAACAUCUUAGAAAGCUAACGUUAGUAAGGAGGAAGCUAUCUACCAUAGAAGGCGGUACAUUUAGCGACUUAACAAAGUGUAACUUUUUCGUUCGCAAACCACAUUUAGCUAUUUCAAAAAUAUUUGCUAGUUAUAGUUGCUGAUUGUCGUCGCGCGAGAGUCGAGAAAGGAGAAGGCGGAGCGUAACAGAGGGCUACUACGGAAUGAAUCGAGUGUCAGCUGAUGGAGGUUAGGUUGACGCUCGUCCAUUGAGAAAAGAAAACGACUGUUUUAGAUUAGUGUAUCGAAAUUAUAUAUUUUGGUAGAAAAUAUCAACUAGAAGAAUGCCAUCUCUUUUAUUCUGCGGUCCGAAAAUGGCCGCCUGUGGAAUAGUGAUCAGCAUAUGGGGAGUCAUCAUGUUGGUGAUGUUGGGGAUCUUCUUCAGUGCAAAGUCUGCUGUGCUGAUUGAGGAUGUGCCCUUCACUGAGGAGGACAUCCGCAAUGAUAAGAACCCACCGGGAACCAUCUAUGGACUCUAUAACCAGGUGGGCAUCAACUGCUUCAUUGCAGCAGCCAUCUAUGUUGCAGUGGGGGCGGUGUCACUCUGCCAGGUCAGACUCAACAAGAGGCAGGAGUACAUGGUGACAUAAAUUCCCCUGAAGCAUCAGAAGAUUAUAAACACACUAAUUUAAGUUCUCAAGGGAAGCAACCUUAUAAAAAGCUAUGUGUAUAGUAAAACAUUGAACAUAAGUCCUUUCUGUUAUGCUAUUGAUUGAAAUGUUAUCAUUCUUUGUAUUUGCAUACAACUAUUUAUUGAAUUGACCUAAACUGUAACCCAUCAAUGCUAACUGACAAUAUUGAUAAUGAUCAAUAAAAAUUGAAGUCUUGUUCCCCUCAUAGACCAAACAUUACAUUUAUGCUAGAUAACUCACCACAAAUUCCUAGAUGCAACUCAACAGAUCACUACAGUUACAGAAAUACGUAAUUAUCAGCCUGAAUUGACAGCAAAUUGAUAGAUGGUCAAUGUCUGUCAGGCAAAUCAAGAGAUAUGUCAAAAAUUGUUAAAUACAUUUUGUGUUUGUGUUUAUUUAUUUGCUGUUGUGAAUUGUAUGCUGUAAAAAUAUAGGGUCUGGGAUCAGUCCAUAUCGCGGAAGAUUAAUGUUAAAAUGUAAAGGCAAUUUCCGAUUGAGCCGACAUGCAGCGUUUUGAGGAGAUGGGAAACUCCAUUUGAAUCGUAUUAACGGCCAUUGUAUACGUUGCCCAUGCGUCGUCAAUGGGCUGUGCAGUGCAUUCUAUGCAAUUUUGGCACAAUAGGCCCUAUUCUCUAAGAUAUGAAUGGGAGUCAAUUGGGUGCUAGCUCAUCCCAAAAUUUGCAUAAAUGUUGUGAACAAGAAGUACAACAUUACACAUCUUUCAGAGAUGUGAGAUAAUUAACUUGUUCUAGGCUCCCGUGGCGUAGCGAUCUAAGGCACUGUAUCUCAGUGCAAGAGGCAUCACUACAGUCCCUGGUUCGAAUCCAGGCUGUAUCACAGCCGGCGAUGAUUGGGAGUACCAUAGCUGGGCACAAUUGGCCCAGCGUCGUCCGUCAUUGUAAAUUAAAAUUUGUUCUUAACUGACUUGCCUAGUUAAAUAAAAUAAAAAUACAUUCUCUGUAAUAUCUUAUUUGGAAUCGUGCCAUUACAUACUUUCUAGGAAAAAAGGCCGGUUUCUCAACUCAUGCCGCAUUCAAAACAACUGGGAACUCAGAAAUCUCAGACUUCAAGACAACUGGGAACUAGGGGGAAAAAAUAAGCUCCAACAGUGAAAAAUGCUUUUGAUUGGUCAUCCAACUGGAAUUCCAAGUCGGAAACACAGGCAUCUUUCUUGAUCACCGAAUUUCCGACCUGAAAAUCACUGGUGUCUUGAUUUGACCGAGUUCCCAGUUGUCUUGAAAGCACCUACAUACCCUGACUUUGAGAAGGGAUUGCGUGAUGAUUAGUUUAGCAACCGCUGGCUGCAUCGUUUCUCAAUUCAUUGCCCAAUGGGAUUCCUAUCUCCUCCUUUCUCUAAUAUCUCAGGCAGCUGUGAAUAGCCUCUGCGAACAGUCCUUGCUUGCUGGGAUCCUUGGGAUGUCACCCCAUUGAAGUUUACAUUUUAAAUGGUUAGGGUUUAAGGUAGGGACUUCCCAAACAUUUCAAUCGAGCUAUAACGUGGAACUGCCGCAAUACGGAUCGACUCCAGCCCUAACUGUAAUAGUUAUUUGUAUUAGUUAAAUCUGCUAUAGUAAUUCCUCAGAAAAGGAAUGGUGUAUAAAAUGUGUAGGAUGGUGUAUAAAAAUAUGCAUUUAUUUAAUGUGUUUAUUGUAUUUUCCCCGGCCUCGCUAUUCUCCGGAGUGUAAUGAUGUGAAAGGAUCUAUAAAUGGUACUUUAUGUGAAGGACUUCAAUCUCUUGUCGAUGUUCCCUGCAAUAAACUGGAAGUAUAAAUUAAA